CUUUUAACCGUACCAAUCAAAACAUGAACUUUUAUGCAAGUUUCGGAUAGACAGACGGUACAGUGAUGACACUGAAAGUAGUGGGGUUCUUCCUUCCUCAUGAUGUGUACCAAUAGGAGUCCUAUGUUAAAUCUUUUACUGUUUAACAAAUUAUUAUUACACAGUUUGAACUGAAGUGAACAAGCUUCUAAUUUGGCCUUUUGUUUUGUUUUGGGGCAUACUCAUUUAUUUGGGAGCCAAAGCAUGUCAACUUUAUAAUGUCACAUUUGGGCUCCAUAGCAUGCAAAGUAACCAACCUAAAACAUCUAUCACAGCUUCAUGCAAACCUCAUUCAAAACUCCCUCCACCACCAUAACUACUGGGUGGCAUUACUCCUUACUCACUGUACACGCCUCCACGCACCAUUGGCCUAUACCCAUCUCAUUUUUAACUCUCUGCCUUGCCCUGAUGCCCAUGUCUUCACUUCCAUGCUUAGGUAUUACUCCCAAUUGGGUGCUCAUAGUGAAGUGGUUUCUCUGUUUAAACAUAUGCAAUAUUGUGGUAUAAGGCCUGCUGGUACAUUUGUGUACCCAGUAUUGAUUAAAUUGGCUGGGGAGGCCUGCGUUGUGUUUCAUGCCCAAGUAGUGAAAUUGGGUCAUUUUCAGGAUCGUUAUGUUCGCAAUGUGAUCAUGGAUAUGUACGCAAAAUAUGGCCCCGUUAAGUUUGCUAGAAAACUGUUUGAUGAAAUGCCUGAAAGGACUCUUGCGGAUUGGAAUUCAAUGAUUUCUGGCUACUGGAAGUGGGGGGAUGAAGUUGAAGCAAGUAGACUCUUUAAUGUGAUGCCUGAGUGGAAUGUUGUUACUUGGACUAGCAUGGUUACUGGUUAUGCUAAGAAGGGGGAUUUGGAGAGUGCAAGAAGGUAUUUUGAUGAGAUGCCCGAGAAAAGUGUGGUCUCCUGGAAUGCAAUGCUAUCAGGUUAUGCUCAGAAUGGGUUUGCAGAGAAGGCUUUAAGAUUGUUUGAUGACAUGAUUAAUGCCGGGGUUCAACCAAAUGAAACGACCUGGGUUACUGUUAUUUCAUCAUUAUCGUUGCAUGGUGAUCCUUGCCUAGCGGACUUACUUGUUAGAACACUUGACCAGAAGAAGAUCCAUUUGAAUUGUUUUGUCAAGACUGCGCUGCUUGAUAUGUAUGCAAAGUGUGGAAACCUAGAGACUGCUCAAAGAAUUUUUGAUGAACUGGGCGUGUAUAGGAACUCUAUUACAUGGAAUGCCAUGAUUUCUGCAUACACAAGGGUUGGGGAUUUGAAUUCAGCUAGAGAGCUCUUUGAUAAGAUGCCAGAAAAAAAUGUUGUUUCAUGGAACUCAUUGAUUGCUGGUUAUGCUCAAAAUGGGCAGUCAGCCAUGGCAAUUGAGCUCUUUAAAGAUAUGACUGCUACUAAAGACUUGAAACCAGAUGAGGUGACAAUGGUGAGUGUUUUCUCAGCCUGUGGACAUCUUGGAGCAUUGAAAUUGGGAAAUUGGGUUGUGAACAUCCUUAAUGAAAACCAUAUCAAACUCAGCAUCUCGGGAUACAACUCUUUGAUUUUCAUGUACUCAAGAUGUGGGAGUGUGGAAGAUGCCUAUAGAGUUUUCCAAGAAAUGGAAACGAGAGAUGUUGUUUCCUACAACACAUUGAUAGCAGGGUUUGCAACUCAUGGACAUGGAAUGGAAGCCAUUGAACUAAUGUCAAAAAUGAAAGGAGAAGGUAUUGAACCAGACCGCGUGACAUUUAUUGGUGUCCUGACAGCAUGCAGCCAUGCUGGAUUACUGGAAGAAGGUUGGAAGGUCUUCAAAUCAAUCCAAGCUCCUGCUGUAGAUCAUUAUGCAUGCAUGAUUGAUUUGCUAGGUCGAGUAGGUGAACUGGAUGAAGCUAGAAAGUUGAUUGAAAGCAUGCCAAUAAAACCACACGCUGGAGUUUAUGGAUCUCUUUUAAAUGCUAGCCGGAUUCACAAAAGAGUUGAACUUGGGGAGCUGGCUGCAAGCAAGCUCUUUGAGCUUGAACCAUAUAAUUCUGGAAAUUAUAUUUUGCUUUCCAACAUAUAUGCUUCAGCAGGGAGGUGGGAAGAUGUUGAGAGGGUCAGGGGAACAAUGAGAAAAGUGGGAGUGAAAAAGACAACUGGAUGGAGUUGGGUAGAAUAUAAGGGUGAAAUACACAAGUUUAUCGUAGGAGACAGGAUGCAUGAACGAUCAGAUGACAUCUAUGGGCUAUUGUCAGAACUGGGAAGGAAGAUGAGGAGGAACGGGUAUAUUGCUGACAAAAGCUGCGUGCUGAGAGAUGUUGAAGAGGAAGAGAAAGAAGAGAUGGUGGGAACUCAUAGUGAGAAAUUGGCUAUUUGUUUUGCUCUUCUGGUUGGUGAAGCAGGGGCAGUGAUUAGGGUGGUGAAGAAUUUAAGGGUAUGUUGGGACUGCCAUACAGCUAUUAAGAUUAUCUCCAAGUUAGAGGGAAGGGAGAUAAUUGUGAGGGACAAUAAUAGGUUUCACCAUUUCAGUAAUGGGCUAUGUUCUUGCAAGGAUUACUGGUAAUGAGAGACAAUACAUCUGGUAACAUCAAAGGGGAGUGGAGACUCCUCACUCCUCUGCUUUGCGUCAUAUUCAA